AUGGCCUCUUCAUGGACUGCCGAAGCCAUCAUCGCGUUCAUCACCCUUCUUGCAACUUGCAUCUCCCUUGGUUUUAUGAUACGUCAGAUGAUACGAGGAAAGCGUACAAGGACUGACUACGAAUUCGACUUGGAAGGACGCGGCGAAAUUGCUCUUGAGAGGCGCAACACGUUAUGA